AUGGGACAUGAUGAAUAUUUAUCUAGUAGUAAGAGUACAUUUGAAGGAAAAUUGGGUGGGGAUGAGCCAUUUUAUGACUCAGAUGAUCUAGGUAGCUUUGAAAUAGAGACUGAUGAUGAAAUUGAUGACGAAGAUGUGUGUAGAGAAAUAGUUUGGGAGACUGGUCUUGCAUUUGAAAGUGCUAAACAUUUUAGGAAAGCACUUACUAGUUUUGAUUCUAGAACAAAAGAUUUUGUUGUCAAGAAUUAUAAUGUUGUUCACAAGUGCAAUGGCACAACAAAGAACAAGUUGGUAAAUUCUUUGUAUAUUUCAGAAAGGUACAAGGACAGAAUUAUUUGUGAACCUGGCAUUAGAAUUUUUGAGCUUCAAAAUUUAGUAAGAAAGGAAUUAGAGGUGUAUAUUGGUAGGACUGUGGCAAGAAAAGCCAGAAGCAUUGUUUUGAAACAAAUCAUGGGUGACAAUGUAGAGGAGUUCAAAAGAAUUUUGGAUUAUAGGGUUGAGCUUUUAAGGACUAAUCCAGGUAGCACAUGUGUGGUUAGGCUGAGUGAAGAAAAUUUUGAAGGUGGAGUAAAAAGGUUUCAGUCCUUUUACAUAUGUUUUGAUGCCAUGAAGAAGGCAUUCAAGGAUGGUUGUAGAAGGGAAAUUGGGUUGGAUGGGUGUUUUUUAAAAGGUGUUAGUAAAAGGCAAAUGCUUGUGGCUGUUUGUAAAGAUGGGAACAACCAGAUGCUACCACUGGCUUGGGUAGUGGUUGAAGUUGAGAAUGCUUUUACUUGGAGAUGGUUUGUAAACAUUCUAAGGCAUGAUCUUGAGCUUAGAGAUGGGACUGGUUUGACAACUCUUUCAGAUAUGCAAAAGGGUUUGGAUAUAGCCAUUAAGGAUCUGCUGCCAAAUGCAGAACAAAGAAUGUGUGCAAGACAUGAGUUUCAACAAAAUUUGGAUCAUAUGGAGAAGUUAGGUUAUGUAAUAAAUGGAGAUUUGUUGUAUUACGACAUAGAUAGGUGGUCCAAGGUCUACUUUAAAUACCUCAGCUGUUGUGAUAGUGUUGACAACAACAUGGCCGAGAGUUUUAAUUCUUGGAUUUUUGGGCCAAGGCACAAGACCAUUAUCACAAUGCUUGAGGAAAUUAGGGUCAAAAUGAUGAUAAGGGCACGACAACUAAGAGAGUUUUCUGAGACUUGGAUAGCAAACAUCAACCCAAUGGCUUUGAAGGUAUUGCAAGAGAAUACAUCAAAGUCAAUGAAGUGUACUCUUGAAUGGAAUGGUGAAUAUGGCUUUGAGGUCAAGGACAGCUGGGGUAAUAAAUUCAUAGUAAAUCUGAACAGCAAUACCUGCACUUGUAGAUCUUGGAUGCUGAAAGGUACUCCCUGCUGUCAUGCCAUAGCUGCACCUCAUUUCAGAAAAUUGGAACCUAUUUACUAUGUUGCACAUUGGUACACUAAGGACACUUACCUUAAAAUAUACAACUCAUUCAUUCAACCUGUUACUAAUAUGGCAAUGUGA